AUGGAAAAUUUAAUUUGUUUAAAAUUAUUUAAAACUAGAAAAAGGAAUAAUAAAGAUAAAAUAUAUACAAUUAUUCCAAAUGAAAAUAACAAUAUUAUAGCUUUAUUGUACUUUAAGAACAAUUAUGAAGAAGAAAAAAGCUUUAAAUUAUAUUUUAAUUUUUUAAAUAAUUAUAGUAAUGAUUGUUUAUUAAAUAAUAAUACAAUAAACUGUUUUUGGAUAUAUAGCUACAUUGACAUUUUUGUAAAAAAGAAUAAAUUAAAACAUCAAAUUCCUAUUCUGAUUUCACAACAAGAUAAUCAAUUGAAUUUCUAUAAUUUUAUACAUAUUAAUAGAAUAAAUCCACGUAUAGAAAACCAUGAAAUGAUAAUACAAAAUAAUCUAUUAAAUUUUGGUAUUACUAAAAAGAUAUGUGGAAAUUUAAAUGAAAAAAAUAAGUUACAUAAUUUUUAUAUAACUAUUGAUAAAUUAUUUCAUUUUGCUAUCUCUUUAAAUAAAAAUCUAUCUAUAUUAGAAUCAUUCAAUAAAAAAUUUGUAAAAAUAAUAUCAAAUAGGGAAGAUUCCUUUUAUAUUUUAUUAAAUGACAUAGUGUGUUUAAAAUUUGUUACAUACGGACAAUGCUUAAGAGUAAAAAAUAUAUUUGCUUUACAAAAUAUUUUUAUAAAUAUUGAUAAUUAUAUUUAUUUCCAAAAAUGUAUUUGCAAAAAAAAUUUUUUAUUUCUUUUAACCUUGACACCCCAACAAUUUUUGCUAAUUUUUAAGGGAGAUACACCUUAUUUGGCAAUUAAUAUAAACAAACAUGUAUCUACUUUUUUCGUUGAUUUUGAAGUUAGUCAUGAUCUAUCAGUUAUAUUAUUGUUUGAUAUACAUAAUCAAUUUUGGUUCCUUAAUUUAAAUAUAUAUUGCAAUUUUAAUUUUAUAAAGACAAGAAAUAAAAGUAAAGCAAUAUUGGCAAAAAAAAAAAUAAAAAAUGUUGAAAUGCAUUCAUUAAAUACAAAAGAGGAAUCAUAUUAUUACCUAGAAGCCAAAAAAUGUAUCGAAAAUAAUCCAAAAGAAAACUUAAAAAAAGAGAAUUUAACUAUAUUACAAACAAAUAAAUAUAAUGUGAAAUUCAAUUUUGAAUCUUAUUUUCCUAAUUAUUUUAAAUUAAAAGGAAUAAAAGCAUACAUAAAAAAAGAUCUGAAAGAAGACCAGGAUUUCAACAUUAGCAUGAAGAAUUACAAAAAAUUAGAAAGUUCAAAAUAUAUUUAUAUAAUUAAAGAAAUAAAAGAAAAAAUGAAUAAAGAAAAUUUUUAUCAAAUAAGUAACUGUAAAGAAUUAAAUGAAAAAGAUUCAAUUUGUAGAAAAAGUUAUUAUAUUUUAUACUUUUACAAAAAAAAAGAAUUAUACGAUUAUUAUACUGAUUUUUCACAAUAUUACAAUAAUUUAGAUCGAAAGUACCAAGAAAAUAAAGAUAUCAAUAAUUUUUACGAAUACGAAGAAUAUGAAAAAAGUAGAAAUAAAUCAAAAGAAUUUUAUUACAAAAGGUCUAUAUAUUAUUUUGAAGACAAGUUUAACUUAACUCAAAAUGAUGAAAUUUACAAAAAUGUUGUUCAAGAAAGAAUUAAACAAAUAAAUAAAAAUGAUUUAAAUUUUAUCAAAAAAUGUAAUAAUAAUGAAUAUAAUUAUAAUAAUAAAGAAGAUUUAUUAAAUAAAACAAAUAAUAAGAAAUAUUUAAAUGAUAAUGCUUUUUUUAUAAAUAAUAAUUACAAAAAUUGUUAUUUUGAAAAAGCAUUGAAUAGUAUAAAUGUUAAUACAAAUUUUUAUGAUCUAAUUAAUUUCGAUUUAGAAAAAUCAGUAAACGAUUUGAACAGUAAGCUACCACAAUACAUACAACAUAUUAAUGUUUAUAAUUACUUUUUUAAUGUAAAAAAAUUUUUUAUAAUAAAAAAAUGUAAAGAUGCCUCUAGAAACUGUCUGAAAUAUAAAAACACAAAUAAAAAUUAUAAAAAUUUCUUAUAUAACAAAAAAUUACGAACUAUAAAAAUUUAUGUUUGUCCUGAAUAUUUUAUGAUAGAGAUUUUUUUAUCAUGUAAGAACAGAAGCUAUUUGAUUGUUUUGAAAAAAGAAGAAAAAAUACUGUUUUUAUUUAUUUUAAGAAAUUAUAAGUAUUUCUAUGUAAAUAUUAAAUAUCAUCCCAUUUUUAAUGUUGAUAAAACUUUGUGUAAACUUAUAUUUAAAAAUUACAUAAAUACAUUAAUAGAUAUUAGUACAUAUAACAAAAAGACAGUAGUUGAAAAAAUUCUUAAAACAAAUAGUUUAAAAAAAAGUUACUGCUAUUUUAUAAUGAUUUACAACAGUCUUCUAAAUAAAGAUAUAACAUUAAUUAAAAAAUGCUUAAAAAUACUAAAAUUUAAAGAAACUUUAUUAUUAUGUAGAAUAUUAUUCCAUUAUAUCAUAAAUAAUUUUAAUAUAAAAUUAAUUUAUUUUUAUUUUAUUAAUUACUUUUCAUUCAUUAGUCAUGUUUUAAAAAAACGAAAUAAGAAGGAGAUACGCAAACAUAAGAAAGAAAUCAAGGAGAAAAAAGAAUUUAUAGCAAUUUAUAUGAAAAUAACAUUAAAAAAAAUAUCCGAUAUUGUAGAUAUCAUUGGAAAAAAAUACCUCUGUUCUCAAAACAGUAAUGAAUUAGAAAGUUCUCAUAAGCAAGAAGUUUUUAAUAAAGAUGAAAGGAAAUUAAAGGAAAGUGAAUUUCAUAAUGUAAAUAAUAACAAAAAAAAAACAUUAAAAAUGAAUAUAUUAAAUAUUAAAAAAAAAGAAAGGAAAUCUUAUUUAAUUAAUGGUGGUGAUAUAAAUAAUAAAGAAAAAUUCACUCAGAAUACUGUAUUAAAAAAGGAGAAUUUAGUUAAUAACAAUUUUAAUCUUAUUUAUGAAAAAAUAUAUUUAGAUAAAAAUAAAUUAAAUAAUAACCAUGGAAGUGUUAUAAAAUGCAAAUGUAUUAAUGAUUUAAAAAACAGAAAUAUGAAAAUGAAUCACUUAUCAGUUGGUAAUAGAAAAACUAAAGUAUUUUUAAGUAAUAAAAAUGUAACAAGUAUAAAUGAAAGGAGAAUAAUUCGUGGUUGUAACAAUAUAAAUGAUAAUUAUUUGAAAAAAUAUGAAAUUUAUUAUUUUGAGAAAAUUUGUUUUCAUGAAAAUUACAAUUUAUUUUUAAAUAAAAAGUAUAGUAUUGAGAUUUGCUCAAUAACUAUACACUUCAUUAUUUCAUUUAUAGAUCAUUUUAUUAAAAUGAGAAAAAAGGGAAUAAAAAGAAAAAAUAAAAGAAAUGAUAAAAUAUAUAUAGAAAUGAAUAAAUAUAUCUAUUUUGUUAAAAUAUUAAUGAAUGUGUUGUUAAAUAAUUACACAACAAAAAUUAAAAAAAAAAUAAAAAUAAAUGGAAGUAGGAAUGAUAUUUCGGAGAAUGAGGAAUGCCUUCUUUUUACAAAAGAUUCGAAAAAUGAAUUAAACUUUUUUAAUUCUAUUUAUCUCAAUGCAUAUAAUUUUUUUGACAUUAUAUCACAAAUACUAUAUAUUAAGUCAUCUAAAGAUGAUCCAAUAAGUAAAAUGUUUUUUAAUGUUAAUAAUAACUUUUAUUAUAAUAAUGAAAAAAAUUUAGAUAAAAAUCAAAUAAUCAAAAAUAAAUAUGAAAGCACUUUAAAGUAUGAUGAAUUUAUAAAAAAUAAUAAUUAUCAUGAAAAAAAGUUAUUAAAUAUUAAAAAUUUUGUAAGUUCAUAUCAAAAUUUAGAUUAUACAUUAAAAGAUAAGGUAAAUGAUAAGACUUCGAUAAUAAAAAAUAAAGUCAAUAUAAAUGAAAAAAAUGAAAAAAAAAGUGUUACAAUUCAUAAAAAAAUUAACACAAAUAAUUAUAAUUGGAAUAUAAAUAGUAUAAGGAGUCAUGAUGAUUUUUUUUUUCUUUUAUGCUAUUGUUAUAUAGUUGUUAGUAAAAAUAAAAAGAAAUUUCCUUAUUUUCCAAUAAAAAAUGUUUAUCAUAAGGAAAUAGUUAAUUCAAAUUGUUUAAUUAAAGAUGAAAAUGAUUUUAAUACUAUUAUUUACAAUCUAGUUAAUAGUAAUGAUCUGAGUACAAUUAUUUAUUAUAUAUAUUCAAAAAAAUAUGAAUUUUUUUUUAAUUUUAUUUUUUUAUAUUUUAAUUAUUGUAUAUUAUAUAAUUUUUUUUUAAUUAGGAAAAAUAUUUGUAUUAAAAAAUUAGAUAAGUAUAUUUCUCUGAAUUGCAACAAUAACAUUAAAAUUAAUACAGACAAAUAUAGAUGUAUGAAUCAUGAAAAUAUAGAUAUGAAAAAAAAGAAAAAGAAAAAAAAAUUAGAAUAUAAUUUAUUUUUUAAUAAAAUGAUUAGUGAUAUUGUAAAUAAGAAUCAAUCUUCAAACAUUAAAGAUGAAAAAAAAUAUAAUUAUAAUACAUUAAUUAAUUACUUAUUUAAUGAUAUCAAAAAUAAUAAGACUAUUUACAGAAAUGAAAGUGUGUGUAAGAAUUUGAUUAACAAUGAUAAUAAUACAAGAAAUAAUUAUAAAUUUUCCAAUAUUAAAAAUAUAAGAAAUAAUGAUGACUACUAUUAUUUCAAUGAGAGAAUGAACAAUAGUAAUAAUAAUGACAACAAUAAAAUUAACAAUUGUAAGUAUGAAUUAAAAAAUAUAGUUUUAGAAAUUUACAAAAUGUAUGAUAAUUUAGAUAGAAAAUUUAUAAAAUUAGAAAAUGAAAUAAAUAUAAAAAGUAUAAAUAGUAUAUAUAGUUUUCAUUCUGAUGUGAAAAAUGCUUUAAAAAGUAAUUUAUUUAAUAUUAUUUUGUUAAUUUAUAAAUUAAUUAUAAAAAAUAAAAAUAAAAAUAAUUACUAUUUUAAAGAAAAUAUAUUAAAAAUUUUAAUAAAAAAUUUAAAAAUUCCUUUUUCAUAUAUUCAUUUAAAACCAUACAACAUAUUAAUAAACUAUUUUGGAGGUAUUAUAUAUAGAUUACUUUGUAAUAAUAUAGAUAAUUAUUUAAAUAUAUGUAUAUAUAUAGUAAAAAUAUUGUGUAUUGAUGUUUUAAAAUUUUUUAAAAUGAUUGCAUUUAAUACUUUAAAAAAAUACAUUAGAAAUAAUCUGUUGCUCUUUUUACUGAAGAACAAUUACAAACUUAAAGAAAAAGAUAAAAAAUCUAUUAAAUUUAUUGCAAUUUUGGAAAUUUUUUAUAAAAAUAGUUCAUAUAAUAGUGAACAUAAUAGUUCUUAUACAGAUUAUAUUUUAAAUAAAAAUUAUUUUAAUUUAUAUCAGAAUGAAACAUUUUUAAAUUUAUUAAAAAGAAAAUUAUACUUGAAUGAAUACAAUUAUGUGUAUGAUAUGAUAUAUAAGGAGAAAAAUAUAUUGAACAUAUUUGAUUAUCUAAAUAUAUAUAGUGAAGCUUCUGAUAACUUUAAUUUCAUUAAUUAUUUUAAUCAUACAUCUUAUGUUUUUGCUGCAUUCCUAAUUCAGAAUUUCUUUUGUUUUUAUAAAGUUGAUAAUAAGGAAAGAAAUAAAAUAGAUAAAAAUAAAUUAAGUAGAAUUAAAAUUAAAUUAAAAGAAAUAUUUUUAAAGAAAAUGAAUAUUAAAAGUAUAAAAAGAAUGAAACUAGUGAUAAUGAAAAAUUAUGGUUAUAUUAAAAUAAAACAAAAAAUAUUACGCAACAAUGUUGGAAUAAUUAGAAAAAUGAAUAGAAUAAAAAAAAAAAUUAAUAAUAUUGAUAAUAAAAAGUUUAUUGAUAAUAAAAUGUUUAUUGAUAAUAGUCUGUUAUACCAGAUUAACAAAAGAGAGAUUUAUUUUUUAAGAGAUGACUCUUAUUUUAAUUUAUAUGAAUAUAUAAAAAUUCAUAUACCUCAAAUAAAUGAUGAAUAUAUAAAAAACAUAGAGAAAAUGAGUAACCAAAAAAAUAAUUUUGUGGAAAAUAGAAAAAGCAUGAAUAAUGAUAUAAAUGAAGUUAAAAAAAUACAAAAAAAAAAAAAUAAAGAAAGUUCAGAAAUAGUAAAAAAGGAAAUUAUAAAGAAAAAUGAGAAUAAAAUAAAUAUUAUAAAAAAAAUAAAUAAACCUAAUAAUGCAUCAAACUUUCAUAAUAUAAAUUAUGAUAGAAAUUAUUUUAACAAAUUUACCAACUGCUAUUUUACAAACAAAAGAAAUAAUAAAAAUAUAAUAACAUUGAAUAUGGCAAAACAGUGGUUGAAAUUGAAGGGAGAAGAAGUGGAUGAUAUAUGGUUCGUUAGUUACAAUAAAUUUAAUAGUAAUAUAAUUAAAGAAAAAAAUAAAAUAAGAAUAAAAAAUAAUUUGAAUAAAUUAAAUCUAAAAAAAUAUAAAGGAUACUAUAAUAUUAACAAUUAUGAUAAUGAAUGUUAUUGCUAUCUUUGCUGCUCAAAAAAAAAAAAAGAAAAAGAAAAAAUAGAAACAAAUAAGAAUCAAACAAAUAAUUUUAAUGUAGAUUAUAAUUAUAGCAAUGUGGAUGCUAUAGAUGAUUUUGUUUUGCAUAAUAAUCAAAUUAUUGAAAAUCUUUCAGAUUUUGCAUAUAAAGAUAAAUGCAAUUAUAAUGAGAAAAGUUCUAACAAUUCCUAUAUAAAGAAUACAUUUAUUUUUAAAAGGGUAAGUCAAAAUAAAACAGAUAAUGAAAUAUAUAAUUUGCAAAAUUCAAUAAAUAAAUAUAAUAAUAUAUUGAAUGCAGACAGGAAAGAAAAUCAAGUACAAUUUAAAAAUAUAAAAACUAAAAAUGAAAAUACUUGUAAUUAUAAUCUAAUACAAUGUGAAAUUUCUAAUAACAAAUAUUUAUGUUGUUCUUUACAUAUGAUAAAGACAAUUAAUAAAAGUAUCAUGAUAAGAAUUGUAUUAGAAAAUAAAGGAAUGAAUUAUUUAUUUUUUUUAAUGAAAUAUUUUGUUAAUAAAAAAUUAAAGAGUAUUAUUAUAAAAAAAAAAAAACUAAAGAAUGAAUAUAAAGGAAAAGGAGAAGAAGAAAACGAAAAAAAAAAAGAUCAUGAUAAUGAUUUAAAAAAUUUGAAGAUAAAUAGAAAUUCUUUGAAUAUUUUAAUUAAGAAUAAAAAUGAACAUACAGAUUACAUUUUUUUAAAAAAAAAUAGUAAAGGUAAAAUGAUGAGGAAUAAAUAUACUAAAGAAAGGAAAGAAACUUUGAAUAAAAAACAAAUUUUUAAACAUAUACAUUUAGAAGACAGUAAAAAAAAGAAAAUAAUAGUAAAAAAUUUAUUUUAUGAAAUAACAAAAAUUAUUAAUAUAAAGUCGUACAAUUACAAUUUAUUUCUUUAUAUUUUAGAAUAUUAUAUAGAUAAUAAUAACAUAUCAGCGUUAUUUAUACAUUUAUUAACACUAAAUUAUUUCACCAAAAAUUUUUUCAAAACACUUCAUAGAUCAUCAACAUUUAAUUUUUAUAAAAUAAUUAAAAUUAAGAAAAAUAUAAAAAAGAUAAAAAAAAAAAAGAAUAAAUAUAAUUCUACAUUAACUGAUAAAAAUGAUAAUUAUGAAAAAAUGGGUUUUAUAUUAGACCACAACAAAAAAGAAAAUAAGACACAUAUUUUAAAUAUAUAUGAAAAGAACUUUUUGAAAAUAAUAAGUCAUAUUCAAAAUAAUUUAAAAAAUACAUCAACAGAAUAUAUUUAUGAUUAUAUUGAAUAUUUUUUAGAGUCACAAGGAAUAUUUUUAUUUAAAUUUGAUUUUUUAUAUAAAUUAAAAAUUUUGAAUAUUUGUUCAGGUAAUAAUAUCAAAAAAUUAAAUUAUGAGAAUUUAAAAAUAAAACCAUUAGAUAUAAUAUCAAAUAAAAAAUAUUUCAUUAAAAUAAAGAAAAAAAAAGACAACUAUAUAUUUGUAUCCAAAAAUAUAAGAAAAAAAAAAAAGAAAAAUGAAUAUAUUUAUUAUAAUAUGAUGAUCAAAUUAUGUAGAAAUUUCUUAUGUUUUAAUUAUUUAUCAUAUAAAAAUAUUAAUUCUAAAUUCAAUAUAAAUAUUUCUUUUGGAAAUUCGGAUAACCUUUUGGGAUAUAAUAAAAAAUACAUAAUGUCUAAUAAAAUAAAUAAUUUGCAUAACUACAUUUUGAAUUAUUUUUUAAUUAAUCAGAGUUACACAUCUAUGUAUUUUUUUAUAUUAAAAAAUAAUCAUUUAUUUCGUAAAAGGAAGGAUUGUAAUUAUUUAAUAAAAAGACUUUAUAAAAAUGAAAGUAAAUUUCAAAUUUUUAAUAAUGCAGCAAAUUUAUAUUUAUUUAUUCCAUGUUAUAUUUAUUCUCAAUUAUCAAAUAAUUUGUUAUCAUUGUCUUUAUACAACUGUGCAGUCAUAUUUGUACAAGAAUUAAAAAAAUACAUAGAAAAUAAUAUAACAGAAAGUAUAGAUAAAAAAAAUUUUAAUUUAUCAAAGGAUGAAAUUAUAUCAAAUAAAAAUGUAAAUGAAAUAAAAAAUGAUACAGAUAAAUUAAAAAAAAAAGCUUCAUUUAACAUUUUAGAUGAUGCAAAAAUAUGUCAGAAAGAGAAAAAAAUGGAAAAUUUAGGUUUAAAAUAUGAGGAAAAAAAAAAAGAUUACAAUAUAAUAAAUGAAAAAGAUAGUACAUAUGAUUUUUUUUUAAAAAAAGACAAAAAUAAUAUAAAUUAUAUUUCUCUAUAUGAUUUAAGUUUUUUAAAUGUAAAGCUAUUUUUUUGUUUAUUUGUUUUCAGCAAUGUAGAUAUAUUUGAUUUUAAAAAGAAUAAAUGCAAAAACCCCUUGUAUAUAAAUAUAUACUAUUUUAAAAAAUUAACAAAAUGUUUUAGCCGUUCCAUUUAUGAGGCUUAUUUCUCUAAUAAAAAAUAUUUAAAGAAAAAGAUAAAAAGAAAAUUAGAGAGAGAAAAAAUAAAAAAUAAAAAUAUCUUUAAAUUAGCUAUAGAAAAUUUAAAAAAAUAUAAAGAAAAUUAUAUGCAAAAAAAAAAAUAUAAUUAUUCUACAAAGAAUUAUAGUUAUAAUUUUUGUUUUGAAAAUCUAAAUUUAAUAAAAGAAAUAUAUAAAGAUAAUGGUAAUAAUAAGGAGAAAGAUAAAUACAGUUUAGUAAAAAAAGUUGCAAAAAAUAAAGAAAUAUGUUAUAAAAACAUAUAUAAUUCUCACAUGGAAUUUGAUUAUUCAUAUGAUUUUUUUACGUAUAAUAACGAUUUAUCCUUAAAAAAAUUGUUAGAAAAAACAGUAGAUCAAACAUUUUUCCAAACAUAUUUUUCUCCAUUUUCAAUUUUUAAGAAUAUAUUUGAAAGAAAAUAUCAUGGCGUUUUUAAUGAUGAAGGUGUAAUUAAUUAUGAAAAAAAUAAAUUAAAAAAAAAAAUAGUAAAAGAUACUCUCUAUAUGUUUUGUAAUAAUUCCAUAAAGGAAAAUAAAAUAUUGUCUAUGAUAUUUAAUUAUAAAGUAUUUUUUAUAGAAUUAAGAAGAUACAAAAAUGAAGAUGGUUAUAUAAAAUAUAUAUCAAAAAGUAAGAAUAUAGAAGUAGAAAAAAAUAUAAUAAAUAAUGUAGAUGAUAGAAAAGUUAUAGAAGAUAAGGAACAUUUUUUAAAAAAUAAAAAAGAAGAUGAUAAUUAUCCUGAAAACUUAGAAAACAAAAUCUUAGAUAAGAAUCGUUUUUAUUUUUUAAAAUAUUUUAAUAUUAAAUAUUUUUUGAUUUGUUGUCAACCUUUAAUAGCUUAUCAUAUAUUAAUAAUCAAUCAUAUCUAUUAUCAUAAAAAGAGAACAAAUAAUUUAUUAAAUUAUUUAUAUAUUAAUAAUUAUGAUGUGAUAUUACUAAAUAAUUAUUUAAUUAAUAAUAACAUAAAUUUACCUUUGAAUUUAGAAGAAAAUUUGAAAAAAGAAAUAAAUAGUUUGUGUAUAAAGUUAAGCAUUUUUUAUUUUAAUAACAAUAAUAUAUUAUGUGCGGUUUUUUGCUUUCUAGAUUUAUGCAAUAUGGAUAUUGAAAUCUUAAAAAUGUAUGUAUUAAGUAUGAAAAGAAUAUAUUAUUAUUUUAAAAAAAAUUGCAGAAAGAGAAGCUUUUUUAAUAAAUGGAUAAAAAAAUGUUUCCAAUUUUUCAAAAUUGACAAUUUUUCUAAUGAAGAUUUUCACAAAAUGGAUAAAAAUAUAUUUUAUGAAAACUUUAGCAUAACAGAUAUAAAUUAUUAUGAUUUGUUUAAAAAAAAUUUUAUAGAAUUAAUUGUUAUAAAAUUAUUUUUAGAAUUAUCAAAAGAACAAAAUGAAAAGUCGGAGAAUAAAUUCUACUCUGUAGAUGAAAUAUUAAAUCCGAACGAAAAUAAUUAUAUGAAAAACAAUGCAGAUAUAUUAUACAGUUAUAAUGGAAAUAUAAAAGAUAAUGUUAUUAAUAAAAAAGAAAAUGAAAAAACAGUAGAAAAAAAUGUAGAUUCUAUAAAUAACAAUUACGAUGAGUAUAAUGUAUAUACAAAUAAAAUAAAUAAAUUUUUUGAUGAAAAAAAAAGAGAUAUUAUUGAAAACACUGAAAAAUUAAGUGAAAAGAAAGACAAUUUCAAUGAAGAAAAAGAAAAAAUUAAUGAAGAAAAUAAAAAAUUUGAAGAAGUAGAAAAGAAUAAAAAUGAACAAAUAAGCAAUGUUAAUUAUUAUAUAAAAAAAGAAAAAACAGCGAAAAUUUUUAUUUUACUUUUAUUAGAAAUGUCGAUACAAUAUAGAAUGAAAGAAAAGAAAAAAAGAAAAAAAAAAUAUUUCAACGAUUUUUUGAAUAUUAUCUCAUUAUAUUGUAAAGUUAAUAAUGUGCAUCAACCGUUAACAUUAUUGCAUAUAUUAAGCAAAAAAAAUGAUAUUUUUAUUUUUUUUUAUGAAUGUAUUGAUAAGAAAAUUGAUAUAAAAACGUGCCAAGAUAUCAUUAAUUUAUACACAAAAAACAAACAUACCAAAAAUCAUUUAUUGACUUUUUUAAAUCAUGUUAGAAAUAAUGUGCAUCAUAUAAUAAAAUUUCAAUCAAUAAUUAAAACAAAAAAUUUAAAAAAUUUGAAUAGUGAUAAUAAUAAUAUAAAUAAUAACUAUGAUAGUAAUAACAAUAAUAAUUUACCUAUCAUGUUCUUGAAAAAAAUAAGGAAUAUAUUCAUAAGUAAUAAAUAUUUUUAUAAUGACAACUUUACUAGUUUUUCAAAUAAAACUGUUUUAGAAUUGUUGUAUUGCAUCAUUUACAGUGAUUUUGAUUAUAAAAGUAUUCAAAAUGUUUUAGAAUUCACAAUCAAUAAUAAUUCGUAUUAUACAAAGUUUUAUAUAUACCUUACUGCUUAUGUUCAAUUUAUCUAUAAAAAGAAUUAUUCUUAUUUUUUUGUUAGAAAGUGCAGACAACUUGUAAAAAAAAAAAAUGAAAAAUAUGAUAUAACUAACAUUAAAAAAUACGAGAAAAUAUUUGGAAUAAAUUUUAACUCUUAUAAUAAUUUUAAAAAUUUUUUAAUAUUUUUUAAAAAAAAGAAAGAAGAAUAUAAAGAAUUAAUUAGUUUAUUAAAAAAUAUAUGGUUUUAUCUACAAAUUGAUAGUUAUUUAUUAUAUUUAAACAAUUUUCGAAUUGUAGAUGUAAAUAAAUUAAAGUUUUAUAACUUUAUUCAAAAUUUAAAUGAAUAUAAAACUAAAAGAAUUAACUUAUUUUUUGACAUCAUGAAGAAAGAAGAGACAACAUAUUUUUUAAUUUUUUUUAAUAUUUCUAAUGGUAUAUUUAACUUAUUGCAUAGAUUUUUAUAUAUCUUUUAUUUUAACAAACCUAUCGUCUUGUUAUACAAUUUUAUAAAAUGUAUAAAAGAAUAUCAUUUUUGUAAUGCAGAAUUUUAUUUAAAAAAACAUUAUAAUAAGUGUAUGAAUCAAAAUAAAAAUAAAAAUAGUAAUCUAUAUUAUAUUUUUUUUACGCAUGUUAUUAAUUAUCUAUUAAUUAACCACUCCAAUAUUAGGUAUAUCAUAUUAAAGAUAUUACUAAAGACAAAACAUGAUUGCAAAUAUAAUUUUGAUUUUUAUGUGUAUAAAGUAUUAAAUAAAUUUAAAAUAAAAAAAGAUAUCCUUGAUAUUUUUGAUAUAUGUGAAGAGUUGAUAAAUAUGAAAAAAUUUGAAUACAUAAAAAAAAUUUUUAAAAAAGUUUAUGAGUCAAUAGAUGAUCCGUCAAAAUAUGUUUUUACACAUAACAAAGUACAUAUCAAACUAGAUAAAUUUGUUUUACUUCAUUACAUAUGUUUCUAUCAUUUUCUGAAUAUAAUAAAAGACAAAUGUUAUAUACAUAACUAUAUUAUAUUCUUAUAUGAGGUUUCUAUUUCUUAUUCCUACUCAAAUAUAAUUUUUCUCUUGUUCCUUUUGAAUUACUCUUUCACUCAUCAAUCCAUAUUAAGCAUUUUUGAUCAAAUAUGUAUUUUAUUAUUAUGUAUAUUUCUUAUAAAUACUUUAAAAGAAAAAAAUGAGGAAAAAAAAAAAAUUAAGGAAAAUUGUAUGUUUGAUUAUGUGAAAAGUAAAGUUUUAAAACUUCAAAAUUUAUUAAGUAAGAAUCGCACAAAAAGAGAUUCUCAAAAUAAAAAAAAAAAUAAUUCCAGUGUGUGCAUAUUAAGUUUCUUACCUUUGAGCAAUGAAGAAAGUGAAAAUAUAUUUUUAUUUAAAGAAUAUAAUGAAAAUAGAAAAAAAUACAUGAAUUAUUAUAAAGGAUUAUUUCCAAAUUUUAAAAAAUGCAAAGAGAAUUUGAAUUUACAUGAGCAAUUUUAUAAUUUCUCUGAAAAAUAUUUCAUUAAUUUUAGUAGAAAUAUAAAAUAUAUAAAAAGUUUGUGCAUAAAUAAAUAUACUACAAGCAAUUUAAAAUUAAAAGUGAUAUAUUUAUUAAGUUUAUCAACUAAAAAAAAAAUCUCCAUAAAUUUUAACGAACUAAAUAUUUCAUAUAUAGAAAGUAUUUUAAAAAAUCUAGAUGAAUACAAGAAUCGAAAUACAGUCGUAAAUGUGCAUAAUUACAUUAAAAAUAAAUAUGUAACAGAUGAGAUAAAAAUAAAUGAACAUUUAAGAAUAAUUAAUUCUAUUUACAAAUAUGAUGAACAAUUUAUAAAUAUAAAUGAUAAUUCUGGAGAAGAUAUACUGAUAAAAAAAAAUAAUAUAGAUCAUUCCUUUGUUAGACACACUGUUACAAAUAAUUUUAUUAAUAGCAGUAAUAUUAAAAAUGAGAAUUAUAUUGAAAAUAAUACUGAUAUUACCAGUAGUAUAAAAUGCAAUUUUAAUAAAAGUUUUAAUGUGAAUAAAAAAAAAAUUGAUAAUGAAAAAAGACAAAAGUGCAUUAAUUAUAACAUAAAAGAAAAUAAUAAUAAUAAUAAUAAUAAUAAUAAUAAUAAUAAUAAUAAUAAUAAUAAUAAUAAUAAUAAUAAUAAUAAUAAUAAUAAUAAUAAUAAACAAAAUUAUUCUAGAAUAAUAAAAGAAAAAGAAAAUUUUAAUUAUAACUUCAUUUUCAGCAUAAAAAAACAAAACAAGAAUAUAUCAUAUAAAGACAGCAUAAAUAUUUUGCUAAGUAUAUUUAUAUGUGUGAAUAAUUUAAUUAAUAACCAUGAUAUUAUUACAGUGCAAAAAAUCAUCAAUUUUUUUGACCUUAAAAAUAUAUAUAAGUAUAUAAAAAAAUAUGAAAAUAAAAUAUUGAAAAAAGAUGAUAAAACAAUAUGCAAUUUUAACUUAAAACACAAUAAUAAAACUAAUAUAAAAAAGGAUAAAAAAAAAAACAAAAUUAUUCCAACAACCAUAAAGACAUAUUCAUCCUCAAUUUUAGAUUAUUUCUUUAAAGAUAACAAAGACAAAGAAUGUUCUAACUGUUUUAAUUUCUUAAUGAAAAUAAAAAAUUAUCACAUUCAUAAAAAAAAUGAAGCUGAUAUAAAAAAAAAUCUUGAAAUAAAAUUAAAUGAUAAUAAUGACCAUUCAUAUUUAAAUAUUGACAAUAUAUAUAAUUAUAUUUUUAUAAAUUCAGUCCAUUCUCUUAUUAUAUUUUAUUAUUUAUGUAUUAAUAAAGAAUUAGGAUUACAUUUAAUGAAUAUACUUUAUUUAAAAAAAAAAAAAAAAAAUUCAUGUAUCAAUUUUGAGAGUUUUAUAAAAAAAUCAAAAAAACAUUGUAGUUGUGAUAUAUACAAAUUCAUUCUAACUACUGAAAUAUUAUAUAGUAUUAAAAAAAAAACAAACAUAAUAAUAAAACCAAUAUUUUAUAAUGAUACAAAUAACCAAAUUUAUUUUAUAACAGUACUUUUUUAUGUUUUAAAAAAUUUUAUUAACUUAAAUGAAGAAACUUUUAAUUUUUCCAUAGGGUUAAAAUUUAUUUAUUUAUUUAAUAAUAGGAUAAAUUUAUUUGUUGCUAAUUUACUAAUUUAUCAUAAUUUUAUUUUACUUUUAUUAAAUAAUUUUCAUAAAUAUAAUUUAAAUGAAUGUGACAAUAAUAAUUAUUCUCAAAAUGACAUAAAAAAGAAAGUAAUAAAAUGUCACUCAAAGAAAUAUUUAAAUAAUAAAUUAAAAAAAAAAGGUAUACAAAAUACUGAUGAAAAAAUUAUAAUAUAUUAUGAAUGUUCCUUAGCAUUUCUAAAUAAAUACAUAGAUUUAAUAACAACAAAUUCAUGUAAUUUAAUAUACAAAAACUUUUAUUUUAAAAGUGUAUUGGAUGUCUAUUUCUUUAUUUUGGGUAUAAUGAUAAAAAAUAAAAAUUCUAAAAGAAAAAAAGAAAAUUACUCAUGUAAAGGGAACAUUCAAAAAUUAUUAUUUAAUAUAAAAAGAUAUGACCAUAAUUUUAUUAAUGUAUUUUUUACUAAUUUAAUCAAUUUUUAUAAAAGAAAUGUAAUAAUAUCUUUAGAAUUAGAAGUAGAAAUUAUAAUUUUUUUAUAUAGAUUAUCAUGUAAAUUCACAUCUCAAAAACAUAUUAAUAAAAUUAUUAACAUAAUUAAAUUAAGAACUUUUAUAUAUAUAAAAAGAAGAAAAUCAUAUCUUAUUUUUAGAAUAUUAGUAAACAUAAAUGAGUAUGAUAAAUUAUAUUUUCUUUUUAAGUUACUUUUUGAUAAUAAUUUGAUUUAUGAUUUUUUAAAAUAUAGUAAAAACAUUUUUUUAUCCUUAAAUGUGUAUAAUUUUAACUGUGAUUUAAGUAUUUCAUUAAAUAAUAAUUGCCUACUAUAUAAUAAGAAUAUAUAUAAAUUCAAAAAUAAUUUUAAUUUUAACAGUAAUAAACAAGAAAUGCUAUUAGAUUCUAUUAGUUCUUGUAACUAUUCAAGUAAUGAAACUUUUUCUAAUAAUAAUGUAAUAGUGAAACAUAAAAACUUUAAAAUGAAAAAAAGUUGUUAUGAUAGUGUUAUAAAAAAUGAAGGAAAACUUAAAUUUCGCAAUUGGUUAUAUAUUAUUUUAAAAAAUAUGUAUAAAAAGGAGAAAGAAGAAAGAAAUGAAGAGAAAAAAAAACAAAUAAAUAUUUUAUAUAAUUUUAAUAACUUAAAUUUUUCAGACUUACCAAAUUUAUAUGAAAAUUAUUUAAAUAAGUUUCAAAAUAGUUCUUUUUUAUUUUAUGAUGAUAAUUUGUUUAUUUCUAUAUUAUCGUUUUAUAUAACUAUGUAUUGCCAACAAUUUACUAAAUGGGACAUAGAGAUAUUAACACGGAUAUAUAAAAAAUUAGGCUUAAAGUAUGAAUUAUAUAAAUUAUUAAAAAAAAAAGCUAAGAAUUAUAUAAAAAAUUUGAAAAACGAAGAUGAUAUUUUUAAUGAAUAUAACUUAAAUACAAUAAUUAUUAGUAUACAUUUGUUACAUCAUUGUUCACUAAUAUUGCUAGAAAUUGAAAAUUUAUCCGAAUAUAAUUAUAACAUAAAUUUAAUUUACCUUUUAAUUUUGCAAUUAAAAUACAUUUACUUACAUAAUAAACAAAAUUUGCAAAAAAUUAAAAAAAACGAUUUCUCAUCUUAUUUAAAAAAUCAUAUUUCAUUAAAUUUUUUGGUAAAUAAAAUUGAUGAAGAUAUUGAUAAUAUUUUUGAAAAUAUAUUGCAGUAUGAUAUUGCAUUACGAGAAUAUAAAAUAACUUUUCUAAAUUUAUCAUUGGAUAGUCUUAUUUCAUUAAUUGAGCAACAUCCAGUGUUUUACGAAACAUUAAUUAUAUUAAAGGUGUAUGAAAAAAAUUAUGAUGAUUUAGUAUACUCUUUUAUUCCUAAAAUAAUAUAUAUUCAAGUUGUUAUAUAUGAUAAUAAAAAAUAUUUAUCGGACUAUUGUUCUUAUAGUUGUAUUGACAAAAACACAUUAAAAUAUAUAAUUAAAUUAUUUCAGAUUAAUAGUAUUCAUUUAAAAUCUUAUAAUACAUUUCCUAUAAAAAAAUAUAAAUAUAUAACAAUAAAAAAAAAUCUUUUAAAUUUUGAUUUCUCUUGUUAUAUUUUAACUGCAAUAAACAUAAUCUACUCAUCUGAUAAUGAAAAGCAUAAAAUUUUUAACUAUCGAAAUCAUGUACUUUCUUUUAAGUAUAUUUUAAAUCAAAUAUGCAAUAUCGAAUUAAAAAUGAAGGUUUGUAAAAAAUUGGGAGCUGAUUUUAAUGAUUUAUUUGAAGAAUGUAAAAACAUGUUGAAUUUAACAGUUAACUGA